ACUUUAAUGCUGCAGUUGAAGAAAGGCUUUCGUUGUGUGAAGAUCUCUCUGAUCAUUUUCCCGGCAUUUUCCCACUCUCUUCUUAAAUUUUUUUUUCUUCUAUUCUGAAAAUAGUGCAGGAAAAAUUAAGAAGUUGGUGAAAGUUUCUAACGAUGGUUUUGUGAAAUUUCGCGCCUUUUCUUGGGACCUCAAAAAAAGAAAAACCGCGUGUGUUCAAAAUUAGUUCUAAUAAAAUAAAAAAAAACGGCGGAAAAACUGCUCCCAGAGGCUUAACGGAAUUGUGUAAUUUGAGGAAAAAAGCCCCCAGUGAAGUGAAAAUCAAUCACUUUUCGUGCUAAGUUUCUGUUCAUUCCUCACAGUUUGAAGAAUUGUGCCUUCUCACGCGUGAUUUCUGUGCAAUUUUGUGGUUUUCUGAUUAGGAAAAUAGAAAAAAAGGGAAAAGUCACCCAAAGAGUUGGAAAAAAUGAUGGAAUUUUGGAAAUACGUCCUUCUCAUCAGCUUAGUUAUUGGAUUUAUAGCACCAGGAUUGUCCAAACCAGCGAAUAUCAAGGAUGCGCAGGAUGACUACGACUAUGAAAAUAUGCAGAAAGAUGAUGGAGAUGACUACAUCUACGAUGAUGACGAGAACCUAAGUGUAGACAAAUCUUACAACACAGAGUACAACAGAGUUCCCCAGGGCCCGCCACCAGUACUUGAGGUCCUUGAGACGGAAGUUAAUGCAAAACCUGGAGAGACAGCGAGACUCGUAUGUCGGGCUAAGAAUCUUUCAAAUACGACUGUUGUUUCGUGGAACUUUGGCGAUACCCUGCUGACUAUGGGACAAAACAAGUUAUCCAGCAACAAUAGGAUUAGUGUAGACCGGGAUACUUCCCUAAUAAUUGAGAAUGUUAACCAGUCAGAUGAUGGUCUUUACACAUGCAAAAUUUUCCCUCAUGAUCUCUCCAUGAAGGUCAAGCUCGUUGUGUCCAGAUCACCCAGUGUCAGUAUCUUCGAAAGGGAAACUGAUGUAAGUGGCGAAAACAGGACAUACCGAGAAGGCGAUAGGAUUAUCCUGGAGUGCCGAUCAAAGGGAAACCCUGAACCCACAAUUAACUGGUCAUCUCAUGGACUCCGCCUAGAUCGCGUGGAUGGAAUCACUGAAGAUAAGGGAAAAUUGGUCAUUGAACGAGCAGAACAUCAUCACUCCAGGAUAUAUCAGUGUCUGGCUACCAACGGGAUUGGAGAACCAGCUCAUGCUACCGUCACCAUCAACAUUCAAUACUCACCUAAGAUCACAGGACACAAGCAUGAAUUUAACACUGGCGAAGGCUAUGAUGCUGAGCUCUUCUGCAACUUCAAGAGUGACCCAGCUGGACGAGGAAUGUGGUCAAGAGACUGGAAUUAUGUCACUGAAGGACAGAAGUACAGAAUUUCCGAGCAGACUCAUGGUCAUCACAAUAGGACAGUGCUGCUAGUGAGGAAGGUGAACAAGAGUGAUUUGGGCUUCUACCAGUGUCUAGUGGAGAAUAGCCUAGGAAGGGAUACCAAAAACAUCUCCCUGAUCUACGAGCCUGAACCAGCUCAUUUCGAUGGAUAUGAAUUGCAAGUAGAUCACCUGGUGCUUCUCAACUGGACCGUGCGAAGUGUUCAGCCUCUGUCUGAGAUACUGCUCUAUUACCAGAAGACCAACGACAAACAGUGGACCAGUGUGAAGCCCAUUGUCGCUGAGAAGCACAAAGAACAUUCGGGAAUAUGGGUAAUUCAGCAUCGUGUUCAAUUAUCUCCUGGAACGUGGCAUGCUCGAGUCAAGUCCCGAAAUACUGAGGGAUGGUCAAAGUAUUCAGAAGCUCAGCAAAUCAACGUCCCCACAAUAUAUACUGACAGUGAAGAUCAACUUUUCGAAAAAUUAGAUUCAACGGAAACGAGUGGAGCUACGAGGAUACUUUUCGGAGGAUUCCCAUCCAAUUUGGUCACAAUUUUAGUGGCUUCUGUGCUUUUUUGUGUUCGAUGGACCUAAAUUUGAGGCCUUUGAUGAUUUGUAGUUCAAACUAAUGAGAUACCAGAAAUACUAAAGGAAAUUUUAUGGAGAAAAUGUCACAUGAGAAAAUUGUGUAAAGCUUAAAGAUUCUUCCUUCUCUCUAAAAACAAAAAAAAAAAAAGAAAACUGUUCUAUCGAAGACGUAUAAAUGCCAUAAAAUCUCCCAUUUCUUUUCUAACUAGAACUAUUAGCACGUAAAAGAUUCGUUUUUCACGAUGAGCACAAAAAAGAAUCGUUUUCAAUUGUUGAAAACUAAGUUUAUAAAUUCUGUGUAAAUUAUUUUUGAUGAUAAAAGUGUCUGUUGAUUCUUUUUUUUUAGUACACAAGAUGUGGAGUAAAAAUAUUUAAUUUUUGCAAAGUCCUGUCUUCUAUUCUGCUAAACCUUUUUUUUAAGUGUAAGGCCAAAGUUAUUCUUACUACGAUAUAGACAUUGUAAUUUAUUGAUAUAUAAAAAUAAAAGUAAAAGUUUAAUAGCGGAUUUGCCUUUCGCACAGAGAAAAUUAACAAAAAAAAAAAUCGAUGAUGGGGAAUUUCUCACUCAAAUUCCUUCUUUCUCUAUAGAUAAAAUUAAAAAAAAAUACAAUAGUUAUAAUAAAAAUCAAACCAAAAAAUUCCUUUUGAAAAUAAUAAGCCUUUGAAGAGAUAUUGCAAAUGUUGCAGAUACAUAUUUUCCGAUAAAUUGUAAAAUUAAAAGAAAAAAAAAACUAAAACCGAAUUGGCCUUUAAAACGAUGACCACAAAAUAAAUGAGAUUGAGAGUGCCUAUUUGAAAAUUUUACCACUUGAGAGAUAGUGCAUAGAAAUUGAAGAAAAAAAUCUCGUGUAUUUUGAGAAUAAUGUACAGAGGUAAAUAGGAAGAAAAAAAAUGAGAUUUUUCAGUAUUUUUUCAUCAGUGUUCUCUUUUUUUCUGUGACGAAAAACAGUCCUUUUAGAGACAGUGGCAAACUUUUCAGUGUUGAUAAUAAUACAAAAAGAAUAUCAACAAAAUGUACUUUAAAAGUGUCAUAUAUAAUUUAAUAAAAGAAACAGAAAGAAUAUUUUGUAAAUUACUUUUUAAGUACCUACAUAUACAACACUUUGUAAUGUGUUUCUAAGUUAAUUCUACUCAAAGUCAGAUACGGUAAAGGACGAUGAUGUCAGCAGCGUUAUUUGAUUAAAGAAUUGAUUGUUUCAUACGUGAAGUAUGAAUAAAAACGCUUCUAUUCAAUAAAAAAAA